AUGUCGAGACCCACCGAGGCAGAUCAGACUGGUGAUGACCGGCAGCCUCCGGCGUCACCCCAGCCGGCACGCAACGAGAUAACCGUGGCGGUUGGGAAGAGGCCAAGGGCUGCACGAGCGUGCGACAAUUGCCGGCGCCUGAAGGAAAGGUGCACUGGCGGAACCCCAUGUGACGGAUGCAUCAAAUCCAAGCGUCAGUGCGCCUUCACCAACGCAUAUAGACGAUCAAGACGGCGGCCUGAAAUACAAAAGUUGGCGGAAACGAUUAACCCAAGGGUGUUUUUCGAUAUCGAUAGGAUCCGCAACUUGGAAGCUAUUGUUCAGCACUUUACGGAUAUUCAGGAUUUCAGCCCUACUCAGCUUACGGAGACGGUGGCAGCUCUGUCAACGGAUAAGUGGAGCUCGCCUACAUCACAGGAUCCAGCGAACCGUGACGAGGCUUCCGACGACACUCCCAGCAACCAACAGACGAAAGACGCUGCUUCUAUCCUAGCCUAUGAAGAGUUCUCUCAUUCCGACUUUACACGUCAAAUCCAACAAAAGUUAGGUCCUGACUUGGAAAGGCCCAUCACCGACCCGACAGCCGGCGUGGCUACUGCCGAACAGUUACUAUCAUGGCCCUUUAUCGUCCAAGACGCAGUAUCUGUGUUCCCACCUGCCGAGGUCGCCACUGCGUUGCUCGACAUUUUUUUCAACGUAGCUCAGACAAACUACUUCUACGUAGACGAAGACUUUAUCCGGAACCGGAUAUCUGAGAUAUACGCCCACCCUGCUACGCCGCUCACAAUCGCCGACGCUCCAUGGGUCUGCACGGCUCUCAUGGUGUUUUGCGUCAGCACCCAGUUUGCACACCUGGUCAAAGGAAGGCAGUCCAACACUGGAGAGGUUGACGUGACUUCGGCCAUUGAUGAUGCGCUUGCUCUAUCCUUCUAUCGAAAAGCAACAGCCAUGAUCCCUGACCUGCUGACUAUUGGAAGUGCCCAAUGUGUGCAGGCCUUCAUCUUGAUGGGAGUGUACACACUCCCCGUGGACCCUGCAGGAUUGGCAAGCAGCUAUUACGGCAUUGCUAUGAAGAUAGCCAUACAUAAUAACAUGCACUUGAAGAGCAAGUCCAAGACGCGAGACGCCGAGAUGCGCAACCGAAUUUGGUGGACAGUGUAUACCCUGGAGAGGCGUGUCUCCAUCUUGCAUGGCCGGCCGGCGUCAAUCCGGAGAUCCCAGAUAAGCGCCGAGCUACCAGUCGAUCGCCUUGAAUUACAGCCAUCCGGAAGGCCGAAUACAUUCCACAACGCGAUGGCCCAGAAGGACCUUACUGAGAUCAUGGAGGAUGCUCGCGACAACAUAUUAAUGAUUAAAAGAGCAACUCCCAGCUCGAGCAUACUAGUAGCCAAUGAUGCCCUCAAGGUAAACCAGGCAUUGGAAACAUGGUGGGAUAGUCUCCCAGAAGAGACCUACUGCAAGGACUUGACGCCAGGCCAGCCACUCUUUCGAUCCAACAUACACCUCGCACUCACGUAUCAUCUUGUGCACAUCUUUAUCGGCCGAUCCUUCAUGUUCGAAGAUUCUGAUGCCGACAAGCUAGGUUUGCACGGAUGGGUCAACGCUCGCAAUACUCUGAUAAGGCACUGUAUCCAAAGCGCAAUUACGUCCGUCCAGCUCUGUCAAAAGCUUCAUGACGAAUUUGGGCUUUCCAAGUCCUCAUAUACCGAGUUCACUUCUUGCUGUGCUGCGGUAGUGACUCUGAUAGCUCAACGCAUCCUCAGCAAGACGGUAGAAUUCGGCGAUAUCUGCGAUCAAGGAAUCACCUUGCUAAAAAUCAUGUCUGGCGGCGUCUUUGCCAACACCAAAAGCUCCGAGAAGCGGGGCCUGGAGAUUUUGGAAAUGGCACUGGCCAAGCUGGGCGCGAGUCAUGGUGAAAGCCCAUCACUUGGCGGUGCAGGCUAUGAUCAGUUUCGUACCUGGGUUGCGUUGCAGGUCGAACCCGAGCAGAUGCUCGGACAAGAGCAAGCAGUGCCAACGAUGGAGUGGGCGUAUGGUAGUAGUCCGGGGCAGGGAUCGUUUCAUUCAGAGGAAAUGAACUUGAUGCCUGAGUUUGUUCCCACUAAUUUUGCAGAGCUUGCGUCGCUGCCCGGUCUGGAAAACUACUUCCAGAGCUCAAUAGGAUGA